UUCUUCUCUCUCUCUCUCUCACACACACACACAUACACACACAAAUCUGAAAAAUCCACAAAUGGCGACGACGUCACUCACUGAGUUGGAUGACGAUACAGUUCGCAGCAUGUCUAUUGGAGCCGUUUUCUCAGAUUUUGGUGGGAAAAUAAAUUCUGUUGAUUUUCAUCGAAAAGACGAUUUGUUGGUCACGGCGAGUGAGGAUGAUUCUGUUCGGCUUUAUGACAUUGCAAGUGCUAAGUUGCUCAAGACAACUUAUCACAAGAAACAUGGUGCUGACCGCAUUUGUUUUACCCACCACCCUAGCUCUGUUAUUUGUUCCUCUAAAUACAAUUUGGAUUCUAAUGGAGAAUCCUUACGAUAUCUAUCAAUGUAUGAUAAUAGGUGUCUUCGCUACUUCAAAGGGCAUAAGGAGAGAGUUGUUUCCCUUUGCAUGUCUCCGAUCAAUGACAGUUUCAUGUCUGGUUCCCUUGACCACAGCGUCAGAAUAUGGGAUCUUCGUGUAAACGCUUGCCAGGGAAUUUUGCGCCUACGUGGUAGACCUACAGUUGCAUAUGACCAACAAGGUCUUGUCUUUGCUGUGGCAAUGGAAGGGGGUGCGAUUAAAUUGUUUGAUUCACGUUCAUAUGACAAGGGUCCCUUUGACACCUUUUUAGUUGGUGGAGACACAGCUGAGGUUUGUGAUAUUAAAUUCAGCAAUGAUGGCAAAUCAAUGCUUUUGACAACCACAAGUAAUAAUAUUUAUGUUCUUGAUGCAUAUGGAGGAGAGAAGCGAUGUGGUUUCAGUUUGGAACCAUCUCCAAAUACUACUAUAGAGGCAACUUUUACUCCUGAUGGCCAGUAUGUGGUAUCAGGCUCAGGAGAUGGAACCUUGCAUGCCUGGAAUAUCAACAUGAGAAAUGAGGUUGCAUUCUGGAACAGUCACAUAGGUGUCUCAUCGUGCUUGAAAUGGGCACCUCGCCGGGCCAUGUUUGUUGCUGCAUCCUCAGUUCUUACGUUUUGGAUACCAAAUAAUUCAAAAUCAGCUGCAGAGCCUCGAUCCAUGGAAAAUGAAGGGGUCGAGCAUAUUUCUCAAUGAUGAAAACCAGGUCUUUCUUGCCUGUUUAAAUUAUCUGCAAUGGAUAGUAAUUACCAUAAACAUUAUUUACCAUUAUAGGGCCACAAUUUUGGUGUGAGCUUGAAUUGGCCUCAAUUUUGUAAUAUUAUGGUUUUAUUUUAAUAAAUAUUUGUGAUCUUCAUUUUCAA